UGUCAAAGUUUCAGGGCCGUGGGAAUGCGCCAUGGGGGUGAAGUGUUCGCCUGAAUUUCUUGGUGGGGAGGAAUAACUGCCGCUUCUUUCAUAAAAUGGCAUUUUAAUCCCUUUUCUGUUCCUGUUGGACAAAUGCUGUCAAAGUUUAAAAAAAAAUUGUUUAUUUACGUCUUCAUUUUUGAGACCGUCCAGAACCUGGCGUUAAUGAAGAAACCUGAUACAGACACUGGCGUCGAUUUGUUUGAAAAUGAAGGUGCGGCUAUGUUUAAAGUUGUGUCGUUUGACACACCAACAGGAGUAGUGCUUGCGAUUACCUUUGCAAGCAAAGUGAAAAGUAAUUACAAAAUUAAUUGGAAGGCUGUGCAGCAUGAACACAAGGAAAGGGUACUUGCAACAGAUAUUGAGCAAUGCAAAGAUAAACUGUGGUGCAAUACACCAGGAGCUCCUUAUAAUUAUGUUGAAGUCAUUCUACAAAACCUCGAUGGCACUAGGAAAUUUAUAAAAACAGUUAAUAUUGAACCACUUACGUAUCGAGGAUAUGAUCCUGAAGUAUUUAAUGAGAAACAUGGCUGUGAUGCUCAUCCAUGCAUGAACAAUGGAAAAUGUGUUUUAAAACCAGAGAGCACUCUUGGAUACGUAUGUAUUUGCACCUCAGGAUAUUCUGGAGACAACUGUCAGUGUGCUAAUAGCAUAAAUACUUCUACAUCUUCAUUUCUAACUUCUGGAUGCAUUGUAGUAUUGUUUCUCCUCAUUGUUAUAGGCUUCCUUAUCUACUUGCAUUUUUUCAGGGAAAGGAAGCAUAAAACCACAGAAAAAACAACAAAGACUCGAAAGCCGCAUUCAAAAAUGUCAUCCAAAGGUCCUAAACACAAAUCUUCAGAGCCUACAGAUUCCAAUUACGACGAUACAGAAAUUCCUACAAAAAAUGAAGGAAGCAGCUCACCACAUGGAACAAGAAAGCUGAUGGAACUGGACCCUCAGAGGACGUCAGAUCUGAUUGUACAAAUCAAGAGCCCAAUGAAGAGAUGA